AUGGAGCGCGGGCUGUCCGGAGAGAGGGGAAUGAGGAGCGGGUCUGCCCGGCACGGGAAAGGGUGGGAAAGGGCUAAAGAGGCAGGAGCUGGAGGGUGCCGGGAGCUGCCCCCGCCCCUCCGCAAAUCCCGCUGCACGGCUCCGGGGCGCCCGCAGCUGCAGCCCGGCUUCCAGCAGCUUUUCAAGGAGAGAGGGAAUAUAAAUAGAGGGGGGAGCUCUGGUGAGGGGAAGCUGCCACCUCCUCGCUUGCUAAAAGCUGUCCCAGGCGGGCGGUACAAAAGCGGCCGAGCCAAGGUGUUACAAACUUCUGCCUCCUCGCUCAGGUUCCUGAGGGGCAUCUCUCAAGGGAACCGCUCAGGUCACUUCAGCGAGCUCGGAGCUGUGAAACCGCCUUUGCCAGGCUCCAUCCCGCAGCUGCUGACAUCGUUACGUGCACAUUUCCAUCUUUUGUGCCUUGCAAACUGCCGGGACCUCAGCCCGCUCCUGAGGAAGGGGCUCAGCGCAGCAGGGGCAGCGGGGAGCCCGGCCACGAGCCUCUGCGGGACUUUGCUUUCAGCUCUACUUGCAGCACAUGAGCCUGAAGAAGAGUUGGCUGGUGGUGACAAAAGGGAAAACGAGGACAGUUCUGAAGGAGCUGAAGACAAAUCUGAUUCCAGCAUGGAAAGCUUGGAACACAAUUUGGAUGACAUUACAAAUACACAGGCUAUGAAGUACACAGAUAGACUUCGCAUAUUUGCCUUACAGAGGAACAUAAAAGAGCUCAAUGACAUAGCUAAAGAAAAGGAACUUGAGGCCCAAAAGGCCAGAGACCAGCAGAGUAGGUGUCGGCUGCGGAUCAAGAGGCUCACAAAGCAGCUGGAGUGUGUAGACAUUGAAAUAGAGACAGAGGAGGAGGCUGGCAAUGUCCCAGCCGUGUCCCGCCUUCGGGCAAUGCGCAGACGGCUGCAGGCUGAGCUGGAGAGGGAGAAGGAUUUUGAGUUGAAAAUUGCUUUGACACUAAAAGAAAACAUGCUUGAGAUGUGGCACAUAGAAACUGAGCAGGGAAAAUGUGAAAUCCUCCAUGAACAAAUGAAGAAAGAUGAGGAGGAGCUAGAGAUGCAAUACCAAGAACGAGCCAAGGUGAGGAUUUGGAAUGAGAAAACAGCAGCACUGCAGGCAGAGAAGAAACAGCGGUCUAGAGCAAAAAAAGAAGAGGAGGCCCAGAAAGAAUAUGAAAAAAGGCUUAAAAAAAUCCGUGAAGAUGCCGAAAGGAACCAUGAAAAAGCACUCUGCUUCCUGAGAAAAAGCAUGGCAAGAGUUCAUGAAAAAAAUGCAAAGGAAGAAGUGAAAACUCAGGAGCAUAUGGAGAGAAGGAUCCAAGCUGUGCUUUCCCUGAAAAACAGCAUCACUUCCAACAGGGAAAAACUCCAAGCUUCCCAGGCUUCGAACAAAGCAAUGGCCUUGGAGGCAAAGAAGCAGGAGAUGAAAAGGAGGGAAGAAAUCCUGGCAGAGGGAGGCAAUGUUGCCAAGGAAAUGAUUCUCCGUGAAAGACUGCUAGAGCAUGAAAAAGAGCAACAAGCUUCUAGAGAACAGCAAAAAUCAAGAAAACUUGAGAUUGUGUCUCGAAUUUUGCAAGAAAAAGCUUCUAUUCGAAAGCAGAAAAAAAGUCAGUCCUGUGCUAAGGAAAUGAAAGGUGGAUGCAAACGGGAGCGUUCUGUCCUGUGGAGAAUGAGAACGUGGCAGUAUCUUGAGAAGAUCUGCUCACCUCCAGCUGGAGCAGCAUCACAGGUUCUUUCACAAAAGUCUUGGCGCUCCCCAUCAGCUUGUUCCUCAGCUGCAGGAGAGAGUUCUGACCCAAUAGCCCACUACCUGCUCCGUGCCAGUGGUGAAGAUGAGAAAGACAGGGACAAGGUCCUGGUAGAACCAGAGUUCCCAGGACUUUGGAGUCAGGAAUUUGACUUGCAAAAGGUAUCCAAAGAAGAAAUGGAUGCAAAGCAGCUGGCUGCAAGGGGAGUGAAAAAUGAAAGUUAUGAGAAAAAAAUGGAGGAUUUCCAAGCUAGAACUUUUCACAAGCAAAGAGUGUCUGGUCGUGAAUGUAAGGGAGGUUCUUUCUAUAGCAAACCAAGCUGCAUUCAUUUCAAGGAUUUUGAUGUUGGUCAAAUCUACAAAAAGAAGAUCACUUUGAUAAAUGCAUCCUACAGUGUUAAUUACUGCAGACUGGUGGGAAUCAGUGAAUGGCUCAAGGACUUCAUCAGUAUUCAUUUUGACCCACCUGGCAAAAUGUCUUCUGGAAUGUCCUGUGAAGUGGUGGUAACAUUUAAGCCAACGAUAAAUGAGACUCUGGAAGGAGAAGUCAUGUUUAUGGCACAGACAGGUCCUUUUUCUGUUCUACUGAAAUGCACAGCCAAGAGAUGCAUUCUGGCACUAGAUAAAGAGCUCAUUGACUUCGGCAGCCAUGUGGUGGGAGAGACAAUUUCACAGACCAUCACCCUGACAAACAGUGGAGCUCUGGGAACAAGAUUCAAGGUUCAGACAUCAGCAGGUGACAGCAGCACAUGCAGAGCAACAGCAAAACCUUCUCCUGGAGGAAUGGUUACUCAAUAUUUCAGUGCCUGUGUCCCUGAAAAGCAAAUCAGCAGUAGUUCUGUGACCUCUGUACUUGAAAAGAAGGAGCAAAUUUGUCCUGAGCAUGAUGAGGGACUGAGCUCCUGUGCAGCCCAGGUGGAGCAGCAGAGGAGCCUGCCAAGCCUGGGCAGCGGCUCCACAGAACAACUUGGUCAAGAUGUAUUAAAUUCCAGAUCAGAUCUAAACACAGACAAUGCACAUCAUUUAGUGGAACUUUCUCCUGAAAAAACACCAGUUGAAAUUAUGCUUGGAAAGGUUACUGAAGGUGAAAUUGGGCCCUUCAGCUCAGUCAAGCUUCAGGUGAUGUUUGUCCCAGCUGUCCCUGGGGAAGUGCGAGCAGAGUUUGUGAUCGUGUUUGACAACUCAGACUGCAAACCACUGUGCUUUGGUGCCAUUGGAGUUUCAGCUGAUGUGCCCAUUUGGGUGACCAAUCCCAAUGUGGAUUUGAAGAUUUGUAUGUAUGACAGGCUUUACCAGGAUUCUGUUGUCAUACAGAGCAGAGCUAAAACCACGCAGUGUUUGAAGUUUGAAGUCUGCAAAGAACUGAGUAAGCACAUGGAGCUGCUUCCAAAAACCAGCUACAUUCAAGCCCAGUCGUCCUUCAGUGUGCAGCUGAGGUUCUUGCCAAGGCACUCUCUUCCUGAGGAUGCAGGGAGUUAUUUUGAUGAAGAGACAGGAGUUCUGGAAGUUCCAGUGACAAUACUGAUUGUGGAUAAGGGUAAAAAAGUGAAUUUUACUGUCCAUGCAAUUGUUACAACUUCUGAUUUGGAAAUCAGUCCAGCACAAAUUGAUUUUGGAUACUGCACAAUCUAUGAAGCUGUGCAGGCAAAUGUCACCCUAACAAAUAAAUCCAUCUUGCCACAAGAGUUUGGAUUUGUGGGACUGCCAGAGUUUGUUGAAAUUCAGCCCAAUGAUGGACUUGGAAUUCUUCUUCCCCUUGAAAGCCUGACAUUGGACAUAAUCUUUAAAGCUAACAAGGCAAAAGAGUACAGCUUUGAACUAACCUGCAAGUCAGAGAUUAAUAGACAAUUCAAGCUGUCAUGCAAAGCAGUUGGAGUCCACCCACCUCUUGAGUUGUCUCAUUCCUUGGUUCAGUUUGCUGCAACAGCUCUAAACAGUGUCUCUACAGCAACACUGUAUGUGAUGAAUUCCCAUGUCAGUGCCAACCCCUUCACUCACGCUGUCCCAAGAAUUGGCCAUGGGGAAAUUGCCCCUGUUGGACCUACUUCCUUUGAGUUCUGUGUGCCAGGAGACUGUCCAGUGACAAUUACACCUUCUGUUGGAACUGUGUUGCCUGGGAAGAAAAGCUUGAUUCAAGUGUCCUUCAGACCAGCCUUGCCAGAUCAGCUCAUCAGAGAAGAGGCAGCUCGAAGGCUUGGCAGAGCAGCUGCAGCAGGGGCAGAAACACAAAAAAGCAAGGAAGAUGAAAAGAGAGAGGGGGAUAAACCACAUGUUUCCAUGAGCAGACAGCAGCCUUCCAGAGAGCUGGGAAGCGAUGGAGGCAGCGAACACCCAACUGCUCUAGAUAGUUCUGAACAACCAGAAUCCGAAGAGUUAAAGCCUGAUUCUGAUGCUUAUCUGGCAGCCCAGGCUUUCCUGAUCAGGAGUUUCAGAGGGAGGUUUGAAAAAUACAUCAUACCAGGCUUUGUUGCAAGUGGCCACACAGAUGAAAAGAAAGGCUCUGGAGAGCUAAAGUGCAGCCCUCACAAUACCUUGUAUUUGGAGUUGCACUGUCCAGCUGUAGCACCAGCCGUUGUGGUCACUUCAGAUAAUGGAAAAAACUCAGUGAAUUUUGGGGAUGUUGCUGUAGGCCAUAGAAUGAUGAAGGAAAUUACAGUACAAAACAUCUCCCCAGAGAAGGUGGAUCUCAGAUUUUCAGUUCUGAAUCCCAAUGGUCCCUUUCUGUUGGUCAGAGCAGUUAGAAAUCUUGAGCCAGGUGAAGAGAAAACCCUCAUCAUCUCUUUUUGUCCAAAUGGGAAUAAAUGGUGCUUUGAAAUGCUGGACAUCCAGACAGCAAAGUCCAACCUAACCCUCAGUCUCACGGGUCAAGGGGUGAUACCAUCCAUUGUUUGCUCUGUGGGAGAAGUACUGGAUAUGGGAUAUGUCAUAGCCAGAGACAAAGUGACGUCCACAUUCAAGGUAGAGAACACUUCCACCCUGACCCUGCGAUACUCCAUCCAACUGGAUUCACUUUCACCAACAAGGCACAAAGAUCAGCAGAAAAUUCCAUCCUUUAUCAUGUCCUCUUUGCAAAGAACUGAGCUUGUUGGAACACAGAACUAUAGCGGCUUAAGUGUGUUCAGUGUCUUUCCAACAGAAGGAGAAAUUUUUGCUGGGAAGAGUGAGGAUUUUACUGUUACUUUCAGUCCUGAUCAUGAAAGUCUCUACUAUUCUGACCAUCUCAAGAUGGUGCUUUUUGGCAAGGAACUAGCCCAUGUGAUCCAGCUAAAGGGAGCAGCAAGAGAUCACCCAAUGUUUGUGGAAGGGGGAAUUCCACUGGAUGUGCCCAUCGAGUCCCUGGCUGUAAUAUCCCCUGUGCCAUUGCAGGGAGCAGAGAAAGAAGAGCUACAAGAACCACCAGCAAAGUCCAUUCUCCUGGUUCUGGAGUACAUGGACAGAGAGGAUUCCCCAGUGCCAGCAGUGACAGAACUGAAAGUUGGAGCUAUACAGACAACUCAGUUUGCAUCUAAGAAGAGCACGGAGUUCAGUUUUGACGGCCUGGCCCUCCUGAAUCAAAAGGGAUUUUCUGUGGAACCCGCGAAGGGAACGGUUGAGCCUGGUCAAGUCAAGAUCCUCGAUGUUUCUUGGGUGCCACCUGCUGACUCUGCCGUAAGUGACAGCGCGGCUGCUUCCCCCGACUUCAGGAGCAGCACAAAAGCAGAUCUUGAAGAUGUCAGCAUUUCAUUUCUCCUUCAAAAUCCUCUGACACUGCAGCGGCACAGGGUGCGUGUUCCACUCCCAGCACGCCUGGCAGACUAUCUUCUCUUAAGAGCAGCAGCGACAAACCGCUCCAGGCGACUCGGAGAGCGGGAUUCUCUCCACGCUGACUCCCCAUCACCCCCGGGCUGGCUCCUGGCCCCUGCCAGCGGCUGGGGCGCGGGGCACUGCGGUUUCCGUGAGGGGCUGUUCCGCCUGGCCCCUCUGUGGGCGGCUUCUCUGCCCGAUGGGGCCGGGGGGGCCCUGCCCGGAGUUCGCCCCCGCCGGGACGCGCUGGGCGAUGGCUCCGCUCGGUCACGGCACCCGCGUGAUAACCGGGGGUUAUUUAUUGAGCUGCCCCGUUGGAGGCGGCCCCAGGCUCCCCCGGCUCGGGCAUCGCUCUGCUCUUCUGAGAAUAACUGCAAGAGCUCUGAUCAGUGA